UACCCACCUAACAAUUAGGAUUGUAGUUAAAGCGCAGGUUAAAGUCCGUGCAUAUUAUGUAGAUACAUAUAAAUAGAUUACGAAGAACAACCGAUCCGGUUGCGGUGAAGGAGGGAGAUAGAUAAAACGCGACAUGAAUCACUACUUACAGCGGGCGCAGAGUGCGGUGCGCGGGUAGGGACGCGGGUGGUGCGGGGGGCGAACGGAACGAAACGAACAAACCAACGACAUUACAAACAGUUGAACACUCAUCCGCGGUGCGGGAACGUUCGCUGUUCCUUCUUAGAGCGUACGAUAAACGAGACAUAUUUUCCAGCAUAAAACAAAACAAAUAAAUACUUCUAUGUAAAUAAUUGUUAUCGUUUGCUGAAAAGAAAGUGGCGUCGCAAUACUGUAGUGCAAGUGAGACUUGUGUGACGAUAAUACAGGUGUUGGCUCUGUGUGUGUGUGUGCCGUGUGGCGUGGAUCGUCGCGCAAUUAUUAACGAUGAUUCACUUGUGCGCGGGUGAAAUGCAGCCUAUCGGACUUGUUGACAUUUGUUCUGGAGGCGUCAACAAAUGAUAUCAAGACAGCAAUGAUAUAAUGGUGGACUGAUCAAUUUAGCCGCGGUACAAAAGUCGCGGGUACGAUGCCGCUUACACAAGAAAAACGUUUAGAUAGUAACUUCUCCAAUAACAAUGAUCACAGCUAUCUUCACAAGAAAUUCAAAAAAAUGGCAUCUACGAUUUCUGUGUUUCCUACAAACCUACCAAAAACAGGGGAAACACGGCACAAGGAAACAAUUGUAUCGCCAACUUCUUGCAGUUUGGCGAUAUCAAACGGAAGUAUCGCAGCAGCCCAUCCAGAGAUAGAAAAAAUAAAAACAAAAGCCGACAGACAGCAUUUACAAGCUCAGGAUGUGGACAACAAUGUACAAAUUAAUUAUAAUGAUGAAAAUAGUAGAAUAAGUAAUGUAAAUAAUAAUGUUCAAGUAACUGGUCAGACCAGUGUUACUGAUGAAUUUUCUAAUAAGACUGAGAAUCUUGAAAAUGAUUUAAUCAAAGAAGCCUAUAACGGUGGAGCGAGCGGACGUUAUAUAUGUCCUUACUGUAAAUUAUCUUGUGCCAAGCCUUCAGUUCUUCAAAAACAUAUCAGAGCUCAUACGAAUGAGAGACCAUACCCAUGUGUACCUUGUGGAUUUGCUUUUAAAACAAAAUCCAAUUUAUACAAACAUCAAAGAUCAAGGACACAUGCCUUAAGAAUGCAAGGAUCAGAUGUAUCUGCUACAAUAAAUGAUGACGACUUAUCAGGAGAUUCUGAGAGUGAUACAUCUAUUCCUCCUACAUCUUUAUCUGAAACAGGAUCAGAUGCCUCUAUAAUCCGUGCGGAGAACGUAGAAUCAAACGAUUCUUCUGAAUUAAUUAUUGAUACAAGCAUGCCCUCGACAAGCAUGAAUUUUUCUAUAGUUGAUAACAACAGAUCAAAAUCGAUAUAUAAACCUAAGUUUAGAGCAGCUUUAUAUCAAGAGAUUGAUGAAAAAGAAAAAGUAAAAAAAUCUAUUUCACCAAAUGCCGAUUUCCUUACGGAACAUAUCUCAAAAAUUAUAUCAGAUAAUGAAGCUAUCGUUGACGUUAUAGAAACACCGCUUCAAAAAAAAUAUGGCAAGAUUAAACAAAUAGCUGAAAGCAAACAAUUUAUGAAUGACAUAACGGAAAUAAAAUCAGAACCAUCGCCACUCAACUUGACAAAAUCUAACCAUGAAAAUGAAAAUUCCUACAGAAAAAGAUCUCACUCUGAAAGCUUUUCACAGAAUGAUAAUCAAAAACAUCCUUUAAACCCAGAGGGCUCUAUUAUAAAGGAUCUCCUUCUUAAAACUAAAAUGAAUGGUCUAGCUUCUGUUACAGGCAUUGAAUUAAUUGACGGAUCUUUAUUUAUCUGUCCUUUGUGUCAGAUAAUAUAUAGAAGUGCGGAUAACUUAGAGACACAUAGAAUGUAUUACUGCAAAGGUAGCAAUAGUAAUAUGUCUCAAAAAGAUAUAAAAUCUAUAAGGCCCGAAAAUAUAUUCGUAAGAAGUAAUUCUAUAAAUGUUAGAUUACCAGAAUCACCUUCAAAUUUUUCAAGAUCGUCUAAUUCAACAAAGGCUUCGCCAUCUAGAAAUAAGCCUGAUAACCUUGUCAUCUUGAAACCAGAAUCAAAUGAUGUUGCAGCACCUUUACCGUCACCAGGACCAUUACUUGGAAAUACUAGACUUGUGGAUUCUAGAGUACCGGCAGAUUAUGCUAGAAAAAAUGAAAGUCUUAAAGUGAAACCUUUAGCAAGUCCAAAGAGAAGAAUUGAUAGCCGAGCUGACACAUAUAGUCCAAGGUUGUUAGAAAAUGUUUCACCUAGAUCAAAUGAUCUGUAUUCACAACCCAAGAUUAGAUGUAUCGAUACUAACUCUACGACUUUACGAACAAUGGAUGAAAUGUCGCAACAUAUGAGACAUAAUUCAACCUCCUUACAAAUGUUUGGAGGUGAAGUAAAAAUUGUUGAUCAUUCAGGUAGCACAACCACUCUUCGAAUAGAACCCAGUAAAAAUCAGCUAUCUCCUAUAUUGAUACAACAAAACCUUUCACCAUCAAAACUUGCUAAUGACGUAGAAGCGAGCAGUGUUGUAGUGAGAUCCGGUUUACAUUCCGGUGGCACGAUAAUGCACAAUCCUCCAACACCGAAAGAAGGCUUGGGUACUCCACAACCACAGACACCUAGAAUUUCAAUAUCAAGCGCACCUUCUAUUUCGAGUUCUAAUUUGCCCAAUAUACACGAUAUAACACAUUUUCAAUUUCCACCACUAAGUGCAAUUACAGCAUUUAACCCAUUGACUUUGCCUCCACUCAGUCCAUCGUCUCCAAAUGGUGCAACUACAAUUUUCCAUGGAGGGAAACUAAUACCACACGUGCCAGGAAUCCCAGGACCCAACACACCAGGAGUAUUCAUUGGGAACCCAAAUUCUCAUACGAAGAAUGUUAUGACUAGUGAUAAUAACAAAACAUCCUUGCAAUCCACUCACGAAGACCAACAUGGAACUCCGUUAAAUAACACGCAAUCUUCAAAAGGAAACAUAAUCAAAUACGAUACACAGCAAUUACGUAAUAGUAAAAGUCCAAAUCUUCGACCAUCAGUCAUAGAAGCUGAAGAACAAACUCAAGAUCAUUUUAACGUUGAUAUGCCGCAGUAUCUUUCAACUGUUCCUAUUAUAAAAAUAAAGAAUGUGGAUGAGGCAAAUGCGAAAUCGUUUUCAACAAAUCUAGUGAAAUCAAUUCUGAGACAAGACGGACCUGUCAAAAGAAGUUCUGAUGGCACUCCGAGGACGCCGGUUUUGAAAGAAAAUAUUAAUUUUUCAUCACACAAACUAAAGAAUAGAGAUAAAUAUAAUGUCAGUCAACAAUUCAAAAACAUUGAACCCAAAUCAGAAAAAGAGCUACGUAAUUUCAAUUUUGAAAAUUUAAUAACGAAGGCUGAAAUAUACAACAAUCAAAUUCCUAGUUCAUCAGAAGUUCAAAAAAAUACCAACGCUCAAGAAACGCCGUCCGUUUCAGUAUACAAUGAAAGGUCGGAAACGUCAUACUUCCAAAAGAAUGUCAUAUCUAAAAUUGCUGCAGAAGAUCGAAAACCGAAAUUUUUACGGCCUUCUACCUUACCAUUAAAACCUGGGACAUUUACGCCUAAGCGGCACCAUGGUAUUACGCCUAACGCAAACACUAUGCCACUUGUAUCACCAGAAACCCCUCGCCCAGCUAAGGCUUAUGGCCAGCUUUACUUAAAUGGGAAUGCCUAUACAUAUUUAGGAUUAAAGUGCUCAACAAAAGUUUUUUACUGCACAAUCAAUCGACCACAACCUACAUAUGUUCCGAAUCAGCAUUUCCUGUCAAUGUACAGUAACUGGCAGUUAUUAUCUGAGCUGACGCCAGACCCGCUGGGAUUGUCAGCAUCGUCUGCAAUGUCUCUUUAUGACUCACGUCAUCGACCGCAGGCAAUGGCUGUAGCUGUGAUUAAACAGGAUCUUGUAUUGACUCAUUCCUCGCAGUGGAAGAGGAUCGUAAAAGACAACAAACAGGCUAUACAAUUGGUUGAUUUGAAGAAAACCGACGAAAAUAAAUUUUCGGUGUGUGAUAAUGUAACAACCCCUAAAAAGGAGGUGACCGGUGGUUUUGAAAGUAAUGAAGAAUAUACGUACGUGCGGGGUCGCGGAAGAGGACGUUAUGUUUGUUCAGAAUGUGGAAUUCGUUGCAAGAAGCCUUCCAUGCUAAAGAAACAUAUUCGCACUCACACCGACGUACGGCCUUAUACAUGCGUGCAUUGCGCUUUUAGUUUCAAGACUAAAGGAAACUUAACUAAACAUAUGAAAAGUAAAGCGCACUAUAAGAAAUGCUGUGAAUUAGGCAUUAAUCCCAAUGAAGGUAAUGAUGCCGAGGGUGGAGAAUUGGCGCAAUGCUCCGGUGAAACUGACGAUGAUACUGAAUCAGAGGGUGAUGAAGGAAAUGAAGGCGAAACAGAAUCAAGUGAUACAGAGGCGUAUAAGUCGCGGCUACCAGAACAUGAAGCCGCACACUGUUUAUUAUCACUGGGAGGAUCUAGGCCAACCACAUCCGCUACUCCUGGCUUGAUAACCAGUGCUAGACCGUCUACAUAUCCGUAUACACCAACGGGACUGGAAAAUGUUAGUACCGAAAACAAUCAAGAAAGGUCAAAUACAGGACGGAGUUCACCAAAUGAUUCGAGACAAAGCACUGAAAACGAACCCAUGGACCUCAGUAAAACUGAUGUAAAAACAUCUCAACAUAAUAUUGCCGAAAUACCCACUGCCAGAGAAAGUAGUGUUUUAGCAUCCUUAGCUUCAAAUACUGCUAAACUUCCAAAUCACCAGAGUCAGUGGACAAAUGGAGAACCUAUGUUACAUACAUAUUUGACAGAGCGAGCGCUUCAGGAUUCAAAGAUUAAGCAAAGUCAGCUUACGAGUAAUUUGACUAAAGUAAGAAAAAUUGAUCUUGAAAAGUCAACUUACACUGAUACUUACUGUUCAAUGGAUACGAACAGUAAAAUUACGAAUUCUGUUAAAAGUUCGUUUAUGACACCGGUGUCUUCGUCUCGAGUCUCUUACAGCGAGUCCAAAAUAUCAGAUGUAACUGAAACAGAGAAUGUGGCGAAAUCUCCAGCUAUCAACAGAGAUGAGGUUUCAGUAAUAAGGGAAUCAAAUGUCCCAACUACUUUGGUCAAUGAGACUAAAGGAAACCACAUACAAUCUCAAAGCAAUGCAGAAAAUGCAAAACAUGUAGUCUCGGAAUAUUUGAAACAUGCAAGAAUAAAUCAAAUUCAAACGCAAGAAGAGAGUAUCCAGAACCAAAACGAUGAUUCCAACGAUGAUAAUGUUUUAGUAAUACGAGAAGAUAAUACAAAAUCAGAAGAUCAAUUCUCGGAAUCUGAAUCCGUAAAGCUUCCUUCAUUGGAUCAUGAACCUGUUGCAAGAAAAGUUGUCAUAGGAGUGGGGGGCGUAGCUUUUAAAGUUACAAAAGGAAAGGAUUUCGAAAAUAGUUCUUAUUCACCAGGCAGGUUAAUGGAAGACGGUCGCAGGGUUUGCGAUUUUUGUAAUAAGACAUUCACGAAACCUUCUCAGUUGAGAUUGCACCUCAAUAUACAUUAUAUGGAGAGGCCCUUUAGAUGCAGCGUAUGUGCAGUAAGUUUUAGAACGAGGGGUCAUCUUCAAAAACAUGAACGCUCGGGUUCACAUCAUAAUAAAGUGUCCAUGACUUCAACAUUUGGGGCAGCAACAUCGUUUAACCCUAGACCAUUCCGGUGUUCUGAUUGUAAUAUUGCGUUCAGAAUACAUGGACACUUAGCCAAACAUCUUAGAAGUAAAAUGCAUGUAAUGCGGCUUGAAUGUUUAUUCAAAUUGCCAUUUGGGACAUUUACAGAAAUCGAAAGAGCUGGUGUUAGUCUAACAGACAUUGAUACCACAGAUUGUGCAAGCUCGCUUGCGAGCUUACAAACGCUUGCAAGAAAGCUACACGAGAAGGAUCCAACAAAGCUCGAGUACCGGGAACCUAAUGGUGCGAGUUUAACAGGCCCUACCAUCGGCAGGGACUCCUCAGAAGACGAAGAUACCGCACCUUGCGAAAAUAUGAGUGAAAGUGAGAAAGAUAUUGACGGAAAGACUAUUGAAAGUAUUGAAGGUCAAGAUAAAGACAUGCAAGUUAAUUAUAGUGCCACAGAUAUUUAGUGCCAAAAUUAUUUUAAGUAGAAUAUUUUAAUGUGCAAUUUUGUUUUGUUAUUAAUUUAAGGUAUAACUAUUCAUACUGGGGUAUGACUCAGACUCGUGUGAAAACAAAACGAUGCGCUUUAAUUAUAUUAUUAUACAUUGCUGUAUCUUAUUUCGACGUAACUGUGAAACUAUCCUGUAAAUAUCUCAAAUUCAAAUAAUUUUAAUGUUGUUAAAUUUGCUUCCAUAUUAGGGCUUACAUACAUAUUGUAUUUGUUAUAAGUAACUCUUAAAUAGGUUUAGUAAAAACUUUGAUAGUAAUUCAGUUGAAAAUUAGGAGCUGAAUGCGAAACUUCCCAUUUUAACGUAUCCACAACAUUCUUACAUAAAUAUUUUGGUGGUCCAUAUUUUAGGUAAACUACGACUCAAUAUCAAUGACACAUAUUGAAAAUUCUUAAAUGUAGCAACUUUAUCUUGAUAUAAGUACCAUUAUUACUUUUGUAUGUAUUUUUAUAAAAUAUAUACUUACGAUGUAUUUACACUGUGUAACAUCUACUUCCAAAUCUUUUAUCUAAAAAUAAAUUGGCAUAUCAAAUUCCAGAUACUAAAUUUAGAUAUACAAAAAUAAAUAUACAAAAGUCUUCCAUAUCAAAAAUAGCACUUGUUCUAGAUAUUUGAUUGUACAUUCGUACAUUCAGAAUGGAAAUACACCUACCAACAGACAUACUUCCAAAUCAACUUAUCCGCAUUAUUGUAUACCGUGCUGAUGUGAUUUUGUUAACUUCAUAUUGGUGAUUAAACACGUAAAGUACGUUCAAAAUAGCUCGAGCUGAGGUUUUCUAAGCAACCAGACAUGUACAAGUCACCAACAAAAAAGGCACUUAUUUUGAACGCACUUUAUGAAAAUCAUUGUUAUUAUACUAUCAAUAUAGUAAUCUUAACCGUUCUUUUGGAACACUCACGUUCUACUGUACCUAGUGUAUAUGGUUAAGAUUCUUUAAACUUUAAUGAUUCAGAUGAGACUAGUUACUCUGAAUAUAAAACUCACGUUUUAUACACCACCGAGUGUUUAAAACGUGAUUUUUUAAUAGUUAUAAAAUAAAAUCUUGAUUUUUUGUAUGCGCUGUACGCAUACAAAAAUUAUAUAAUUAAAACUAUGUCAGCUUUAUACUCUCAAUUGGCAACUAAACAAAGUUAACGAAGAAACAGUGCUACGGUUAUUUAUGAUUGAGAAUAGAGCGGAAUUCUAAAAAGAAAUGACUUGUUUAUGUAAAUAAUAAGUAUUACUAUCCAUAAAGAUAACCAUAUCAUGAAACCUUAUUCUAGGUACCUAUUAAAUAGAAAAAAAUAACUACAACUUUUAAUUGUAUAAAAUAUGUAGUAUUCAACAUAAAAUGGCCUAUUGUAUGUGAACGACAAGUUUAUUCUAUCCAAUUUAAAAACAUAAGGGCCGUUUAAGAAUUUUGUAGUUUUCCCAGUUAAGUGUUGCUAGCCUGGCACAAUGCUACCGCAACUCACAUAGCUAUGAUUAUUAUUUUUAUACGGUCUGCGUUUUGUGGUACAUAAUGUUUGAAUAUGACUGAUAUCUAUUUAAGUAUGAAACUUAUUAUGUUUGGAACGCAUUACAACUCUAUGUAAGUACAAAAAUUGUAUAUUUCUGUAAAUUGUUGUUUAAGAAAUUAUAAUUAAUUUAUAAAAAGAAAAUUCAAACGAAGAAUUUACGUAGGAACUAAUUGGUGAGUUCGCUGGCAUUGUGCCACACAAUAUACUCUAAUAUAGCUAUUUUACAUUAUUGGGUCGGUAUGUUUGAAGGAAAUGGUGUACUCGUGAUUAUUGUAGAAUUAUAGAUAUAAUUUUUUUGAUGUAUAUUAUAUCGAAUGGGGAUUAAUUUUACUAAAUUGUUGCAAGAAAUUUGUAAUAAAGGAGUUACAUAAUUAUAAUACAUUGAGUUAUUUAA